AUGCUGAGCUCAAAUAUUUCAUAUGAUGCUGGAUUCUCAACGACAUCUGUGCACCGCGCGCCAACCUAUACCUUUCGCCCACACUAUACGCGGAUAGACACAUACGAAGCUACCUUUUCUUUGAGCCAUACGCAGAUUUCAAGCGCUGGUGUGGUGUGCAGCUACUCUACCAUCAGCAUGGUUAUAUUGAUCACUAUAUCCGAAAAACUACGCUUCCUGCCCAAAGAGGCGCUUGAAUAUAUCCUGGAACAGGUAUGGCAGAAUUUCCCAGAUAUCGAAGCAAUCAAAGAGGAUAGCUUCAUACCUCAAGAUCCUGUCGAUGAUGUCCUGAAAUAGGAUGCCCGCUACUGGAAGAUGUUCCUAAUGUGAGUUAACUCCCAAAAUAUGAAGUUCCGCCACAUUAAGAAGAGAAAGCAGAGAGAUACAAUGCAUAGUUGUAUUAUAAACGCAAACUACGAAGAGUGAUUUGGAAAUCAGUUUACAAGAGGUGCCUAAUUCCUCCGCACUCGUCAUACAACGUACAUCAUGUAUAAAAUCACCUUCAUCCGCCCGUCGCCCAGCUACUUUUUCCACCUCAAAGUCGUAACAUUAUUGUUUUUUGGGUUUUAUCUUGAACUUAGGUUCUCGAAGUCGUAACAUUUUCAUCAUCCACUGGGGGGGAAAUAUUUGAGUACGCAAAGGAGUGAACGUACCUGUGAGAAUGAUGAAAGACUUGGACCAAACAGAGAUAUUAAAAAGAUAAAAAAGGUAAUCCCAUCCUUCCGCUUCAAACUUUCCUACUCUUUGUAUGAAAUGUUCGGGGCGUGUUGAGUUGGGACAGCCUUGGGUUCAAUAUCUGGCUCUCCCUUUGCUUUUUCCUACUAUGCCCUACUUAUGUUGACCUUCCCAAUGUCCCUUGUUUCAAUUUUUACAUAUAAGUAUAGCAGACAUCAGCAUCAAGUCAACUUCUCAUGUGAGAAGUUGCAUUAUGCGAUUUCCUACCUUUGGACAUAGGCGGACCGUGCUUUCCCUGAUGGAGGUAGUUCCGAGUGGAGAUCCUUUAAAAUCACGGUUGGUACAUGUAUGUAUGUACAUUACAUAUAUACAUUAACUCAACCGACAAGACCCAACCGGCUUCCAUGAUGGAGACAGAAAAGGAGCAUGUCGGAUACUAUGAAGAGCGGAGGUAAAAGAGGAGGAUAAAUCUCGGACAGAGGAAGUCCAUCUUUAUACCCGUUUCUUUAACCUCCGGGUGGAAAGUGCAAGACAUCAUGAAGAAUUGUUCUGUUGGCAACAUAUGGAAGCUUGAUCAGGAGCAAUCCUACAUAUGUGUCUGCGGGUGAGCGCGCAUUCUCUAAUUUCAGAUUUUUAACAAGCACAAUCAGUCUGGAAAGCAUGUAUUAUCUUUGACGCCAGGAUACUUUUCAUAAUGGAUAUCCGAAAUAUUAUUGUACUCCCGGCUCUUUC